UUAUUAAUUUAAAUUUUCUUCUGAUUUUGGAGAACAUUGAUAAUUGAAUAAGCUCUUGCAUAGUGCACAGAGGAAAGAAUUAUUGCAGAUGUCGCUGAUGCUGUGUUGUGACGCAUUUGUGCGCCUUCACAAUCACCUGAAAGCAGACCAAAAACACAAACAAUCAUUGUUGACAGAAAGGCGAGGAAGCUUUGUGAUGAUGGAAAGUCCAGCUGUUUAGCUGUGACAAAAUGCCUUGGUUGACAGUGAAAAGGAAGUAACCCUUGCACUUAGCAGAUACAACUGUAUUCACAGAAACCGUGUAUUUGGCAUCUUUCUGUUACUUUGCAAAAAUGACUUAUUUGUAAUUAAUCCUGGAGCAAAUCGGCCUGAAGUAAACCUCAUCAUGGAUGUUUUGCAUGCUGAGGAGUAAUCACAACCGUCAAAGAAAGAUGCUGGAAGCUCUCAUGCGUGCUUGAAACACUUUGUUUUGAAGCAUGGCAGAAAGAAUGCAAGAAACGCCUUUUGUCGGUCCAUAUUUGUUGCAGAAUGUUCUUGGCAAAGGGCAAACGGGUGUUGUUAAACUUGGAGUGCAUACUGUAUCAAAAAAGAAAGUUGCCAUUAAGAUUAUUGACCGUACCAAGUUGGCACCUCAUAUUCUGCAGAAGGUGGAAAGAGAAAUUGCAAUUAUGAAAUUGAUUAACCAUCCCAAUAUUUUGGGACUUUAUGAUGUUUAUGAAAACAAAAAAAACUUGUAUCUUGUUCUUGAAUAUGUUGGAGGUGGGGAGCUGUUCGAAUAUCUAGUGAAACGAAAACGACUGCAGUCUGGAGAGGCCCGAAGGUUUUACAGACAAAUCGUCUCAGCUGUUGACUUUUGUCACCAGCAUCUCAUUUGCCACCGAGACUUGAAACCGGAGAAUCUCCUCUUGGAUAACAAAAAGAACGUAAAAAUAGCCGAUUUUGGCAUGGCAUCUGUUCAACCAUUCAACAGUAUGCUGGAAACAAGCUGUGGAUCUCCACAUUACGCUGCUCCAGAGGUUGUCAGGGGAGACAAAUACGACGGUCGAAAAGCUGAUGUUUGGAGUUGUGGUGUCAUUCUUUACGCGUUAGUCGUCGGCUGUCUCCCUUUCGACGAUGACAAUUUGCGCCAUCUUUUGGAGAAGGUGAAGAAAGGAGUAUUUGUGAUUCCCGGAUUCGUACCAAACGAUUGCCGUGAUCUGCUUGAGAAAAUGAUCAAGGUUGACCCUGAUGAGAGGCCGACGAUGAGCCAAGUGAGAAUGCAUCGUUUCUUGAAAAGUGACGAUCUGCCCCCAGAACCGCCGGUACAAAGAGUUGUUCAGACUGAAGUCAUUGACGACGAGCGAGAUUUGGAUCCGGAUAUACUCAACAGCAUGACGUCAUUGGGAUGUUUUAAAGAUAAGGAGGAUUUGAUUCAAAGGCUUCUAUCACCAGAUGAGAGUUUGGAAAGAGUGAUAUAUUUCCUGCUAAUGGAUCGAAAAAACAAGGUCUCAUAUCAAGAAGAAGAAGAAGAGUUGUCCGUGUAUAGCAUGCAGAGAUUGGAAGCUGAUCCACCACGGAAGAGAGGCGAAUCUCGUAUUUUUAAUGACGAAUCACCCGCCAUUCCUAAUCUAAAAGACGGAAUUCGGAAACCUAGAGCGAUGACCUACCAUGGAGAUAAUCUUGACAAGCGGAGAGGGUCUGCUUCGAAUCCACAUGACAGCAACUCAAAAAGAAGAGGAUCGGCCUCAAAUGUCAUCGAUUUUAAUGCAAGCCAUACAGUCCUCACGCCGCCCGGCAGUCCAUGGAGAUCGCGACUAACAGCUUUUAAGAAAACAGUAGGAGCUGGAAUCUUCGUACGCAGAAGAAGUCAAAGCUGCUCGGAUGACGCUGCCAAUCUAGAAAGCAAUGGAUUUUCAGCAUCAACGCCAGACAUAUCGACUAAACGUUCGUGGUUUACGAAUUUCCUUUUUCAUACUCCCGGCCAGAUACAGCCUUUCCUUCUUCAAAUCACAAACCAGUCGACUGAAGAUAUAAAAAGGCAGAUGGAGAAAGCUUUUUCUGCGCUUCCACACCUGACUCAUUUCACAGUGUCUCCUUUAGAAUACCAUAUUGUCUACAAAAAAAGCAAAGGCCUGUAUCACCGAAAGACCUUGAUAAACUUACGCUAUGAGAUUUCAUCAUACAGCAAGUGCACUGAUGGUGAAAAUUUCCCGAUACUUAUACAUAUAACAUUUAUAAACGGCUCCCACCGCAAAUUUCGUAAGCUCUGCAUGUACAUUCAAAAUCAUUUGAAUGCAACGACCGACAGAAAUGACGGAAAUUUUGAUAAUAACAGAAACGGAAUGUUACCUGACGGGUUGCUGCAGCCUAAUCGAAAUGAAAGCGUAAGAGAAAACGGAAAGGAAUCUGGAAAGGAAACUGGAAGAAAAACAAGUCUUGCUGGAAGAAGCACAGAGAAUCUUCUUGACUCAGACGAAAGCAUCGAUUGCUGAUCACAGUGUAAGUGAGCACGAGACCAGGUCAUGAUGGCAGCUUUAGAUAUUUAUGGAUUGUAGGUUUUUAACAAGCAUUCGUUUAUAAAAUGCUUUCCUCAGUAAAGAAGACGUAACAUGAAAUUGAGGCCUCUAGUGGUAGCUAGCCUCGAGUUCACCUUAGGCUCUAUCUGAACCGGUCACAAUUUGGUUGCUGUGAUCUCUUUUCGUCAGAUACCCCUUUACGAUAAGGGUUCAUGACACGGGUGUCACACGUUGAGAGAGAUUCCAACGAAGAAAGACGCGCUUUUGAGUUGAAUUUUUCUUUGCAGAAGUACACCUAGCUCAUUGAAAUUAUUAAAUAAUUGUUUGAUUCAGGUAUUUUUAGGAAAGGAAAAUCAUUCAUAAAUGCAAGGCGUUCGCAAAUGAUACUCUGUUUGAUUUGAAAAGUCAUAUUGUUGAUGGCUAUUUGUUUCUUUAAACAAUUUUCCAAUAAACUAAACUAGACGCAUCAGGCUUAGGUCUUCAAUUUGAAGAUAUAUAAGGAAAGCGGUAUAGAGUUACUGGUAUAUAGGUGACACCCCAAACCUACAUUAACUUUUUAUUGUUCCUAUUCAUAUCCACGUUCUUGCUAGCAGCUCUCGGGACUUUAGCUAUUGUAAAUGUGCCUGGCAUUGAAUUGAAAUGGGGCUGGGAAAUGUGUGGGUGUGCACUUCUUCAUGAUCAUCCUCCAUUUGUUCGGGUUUUUCUUUAUUAUGUGGAUUGCAUUCGUCGUACCCAUCAUUAGCAUAUCUUAACACUAGAAAAUGACCUAAGACAUUUUUCAAAGCUAUUACAAAGCUAUCGUUUACAAAGCUAUUCAUUUGGAUUCAUUUAUAUGUUUGCUUUGUACAUUGCAGUUAAGUUUAUUCGCCGUCCAGCAUUUUUUUAUUUUUGCAUUGUAAUACAAAUAGUAUUAUGCAAGAUUGGAAAUCGAAUUUUAUAGCAUGCUGUAAACGAACAUCCUUUUAUAUGUAUGUAGUAUAUUGUUGAAUGCAUAUGAUUUUGGUGACAAAGUAAUCGAAAAUUGGAAUUAUGGUAGAGUAUUGUGAACGGUUCAUAAGAUAUCAUAUCAUUUUAUAAUGCAGUUUUCUUUGUAUUAUUGGAUCACAUGAUAAAUUAAUGCAUGUAAAAUUAUUUUGAUAUUUCGUUGUUUGUGACCAUAUGUUGUACAUUUUUCUGACAUAACAUUUCAGUUCAACGCGAUUUUUACAUCAAACUGUUCUCAUUCAUUGUUAUAAGAAUUCGAAAGUUAUAUAUUAAUAAACAAGUUAAAUGCUUAUUGAUAGUAUUAUAUGAAAAUAAUUUUAUAUAAAAGUUCAUUCGUUUAAAGUAUCAGAUUUACAGAAUUGAAUUAUGUUAGAAUUACAUUAUUUCAUUUAACUUAAAUGUAUACGAAUUUAUCAAGAAAAUGUGAUUAGAUACUCUCAUUAGCAGAUUAUUAAUGAAUGAGUUCGUUAAACAUUUAUAUUUGAUCACAAUUUUUUCUAUUUGCCCUUUCUGCCUUCAAAUUAAUCUGCAUUGAGUCAAGCACAGUAAUCAUCCGAAAAAUGUCGUUGCUUAUAUUUUCGCUUGUCUAUAAUCGCCAAGCAACCAUGAUAAAUGAUUAUCAAUUGCCGUUAAUCAUUUAGACUCGAAUCAAUGAUCAACAUACCUUGGUUUGUUGUAUCCGAACAGUGUUUAAGUAGUGCUAUAUGAGCCACAAUAACUGUGGUUGAUAUAUUUUGUUUUUCCAUAAUCGCUCAGCAGCCAUGAUCGAUGAUUAUCAAUUGCCGUUAAUCAUUUAUGAUCAAACCAAUGAUCAACAAUCGUUGGCUUCAUUGUAUCAAAAACUGUGUUUCAGUAGUGCUAUAGGAGCCACAGUAAUUGUGAUUGAUAUGUUUUGUUUUUCCAUAAUCGCUCAGCAGCCAUGAUCGAUGAUUAUCAAUUGCCGUUAAUCAUUUACACUUGAAUCAAUGAUCAACAUACUUUGGUUUUGAGCAUUAACCAUAUGAAUGUCCAGAUAGAAAUGAAAGUAUGAAAUAUGUGCAAUAUUGAGAUUUUUGGCAAAGGAGGUGAAAAGUAUUAUGUAUACUUUUGUGGUGCUUUAAAAAUGUUAUUUGCUUUGCGGAAUGAUGGGUAUAGAUUUCAUCAUGUUUGCGGAAUUAUGGGUCACAUUUUUUCAGAAAUGUACGAAAUUAUGGGUCCGAAUUUUUUAACCAAAAUGGCACGUCCCCGUUCAAAAUUAGACUUAGUUAACCUACCCCGUGGGCUGUUGGCUGUCGCGUCGUAUCGCGCUGCGUUGUGCUAAAAGUACGUUCUGCAGUU